AUGUCUUGCUAUUAUUCCCCUAUCAAAACAUGUCGUCGAUACCUACUAUUUCUUCUUGCUUGCCGCUAUUUGUUACCCUACUACAACGGUCUCGCCGCUGGGAUUACUACAAUCGAUGAUGAAGCCACUAUUCGAUGUCUCCAUAACGAGAGAGAAGCCUUACUCGAAUUCAAACACGACAUUCGAGUUGAUCGUUGUGGGCUACUCUCUUCGUGGGGUGACGAUGUACACCAUCAUAAAGACUGUUGUCGAUGGCAAGGCGUGCAAUGCAACAACCGUACUAGUCAUGUAACCAUGCUAGCUCUUCGAGGGCCUUGUUUGGAAGGUACAUUAACUGCUUCCCUCAUUGAACUAAAUCAUUUGAAAUUCUUAGACCUUAGCUUGAAUGAUUUUCGCGGUCAGCUUAUGCCUAGCUUCAUCAGUUCCUUAGCCAAUUUACGCCACCUUGAUCUCUCUGAAGCUGGCUUCACAGGUGAAAUCCCUCAUCACCUCGGAAACCUUUCCAACUUACUAUUUCUUGAUCUUAGUUGUGAUUCUGGUAACCUAUAUGGUUGUCCUUAUGUCAAUAACUUAAAUUGGCUUUCACACUUGAGUUUGUUGAGAGAUAUUAAUUUGAGUGGUAUUGAUCUUAGUCAAGCUAGUGAUGAUUGGUUUCAAGUUGUUACUAAUCUUCCUUCCUUGAGGACCCUUCAUAUGAAAAGAUGUUGGCUUUCUCCAAUUAUUCCAUCAACCAUUUCAUACAUUAAUUCCUCUACCACUUUAAGUACCAUUGAUCUUAGUAACAAUAAUUUCAAUGAUACCUCGAUAUUCAAGUGGUUGUUUAACUUGAAUGGAGCAAAUACUAGCCUUGUUUCUUUUGACCUCUCUUAUAACCAAAUCCCAGGUUCCAUUCCACACAACUUUGGAGAAAUGCUCUCUCUUUCGUAUCUCGAUUUGAGUUCAAACCAAAUUGAUGGUCCAAUCCCACGAGCAAUAUGGAAUAUGCACAAUAUUUCAUAUAUGUCUCUUGGUAUGAAUCAACUUGAAGGUCCUAUUACGGACAGAAUCUCGAAUGCAAAACACCUAACACAUCUUAUUCUCUCCGGAAAUAAUUUUCAUGGGAGUGGAAAUUUUCCAAGUUCAUUAGGUACCUUAUGUUAUUUACAAGAAAUACGCUUAAAUAACAAUGAACUCGAAGAUGAAUUCUUGAGCAUUAUCCAAGCCUUAUCCGGAUGCGCAAGCAAGUCACUUGUGUCUUUGGAUUUGUCUAACAACCGAGUAUGGGGCUCCAUCCCGAACAUAAUCAGCUCAUUUUCUUCAUUGAAUGGCUUAUAUCUUAGUACUAACCAGCUGAAUGGCACGGUUAGUCAAGGUAUUGGACAACUUUCUAAGCUUGAGAGAUUGGAUAUGUCUUACAAUUCAUUGAAAGGUACAAUCUCCCAUACACACUUAUCAAAUCUCUCAAGAUUAAAUACUCUAGACUUGUCAAAUAAUCUAGAUUUAGUCGUCGACAUCAGUGCUCAUUGGAUUCCACCAUUUCAGUUGAACUCCAUAAAUCUAGAAUCUUGCAAGUUAGGACCUUCUUUCCCAAAGUGGCUUGUAACCCAAACAAAUGUCUCAUACCUCGGCAUGUCAAAUGCUGAGAUUUCAGACAGUAUACCUUCUUCUUUUUGGAACUCAUUAUCUUCCGAAAAUUUGGAGUACUUAAAUAUGUCUUACAAUAAGAUUUAUGGAGUACUCCCUGAUCUAUCGAUUACCUUCCACAAUCUCCCACUAGUAGACUUGAGUUCAAAUGAUUUGCAUGGUGCAAUACCAUCUUUUCUAAGAAAUACUGCAAAGUUGUACCUAAACAACAAUAGGCUUUCCAAAUUGAGUCCUUUCUUUUGCCCAAAACAAAAGACUUCUCUACUCAUUUUAAACCUCGCAAACAACUUAUUUUCAGGGGAGAUUUCUGAUUGUUUGAUGUAUUUUGAUCAAUUAUUAGUUCUUCACCUUGAAAAUAACAAUUUUUCGAGUAAAUUGCCGGUUUCCAUAGGUGCAUUGAAGCAGCUUUCGGCACUCCAUUUAUACAACAAUAGUCUUUCAGGAGAACUACCUCGAUCAUUAGAGAGAUGUACAUCAUUGAACGUUCUCAACCUUGGAUAUAACAUGUUCACAGGGCAUAUACCCUUAAACAUUGGUCAUAAUUUAACAAAUCUUGGUGUUCUUAUCCUACGAGGCAAUAGUUUUUAUGGGAGUCUUCCUUUAAGCCUUUGUCAACUUUCUCAUCUCAAAAUCUUGGAUGUUUCCAUCAACCACAUAAAUGGAGUUCUUCCCAAAUGCAUAAACAACUUUACAGCAAUGACUAAUGCAGAUGAUGGUUUAGGCUUACCAGAUUUUAGUGUUGAUUACCUCUACAUAUUUUAUGUGUACUCAGAUUACGCAGAACUCAUGUGGAAAAGAAAAGAACAGAGGUUUCAAAGAUCACUGAAACAAGUGAAAGGUAUUGAUAUUUCAGAUAAUGAGUUAGAAGGUGAAAUUCCUCAAGGAAUUUCAAGCCUUAAUGGUCUUAUAUUCUUGAACUUAUCAAGAAAUCAUUUGAAAGGAAGCAUUACCUCAAAAAUUGGUAUGUUAACAUCUUUAGAAUUUCUUGAUCUAUCAAACAAUCAUCUUUCUGAAAAGAUUCCUACAAGUCUUUCUCAAGUGACUAAUCUCGCGAUCUUGGAUUUGUCAAACAACAACUUGUCUGGGAAAAUUCCAGUGGGUACUCAGUUACAAGGGUUUGAUCCUUCAUCAUAUAUGGGAAAUUCUCAACUUUGCGGUGCACCUCUUUCGAAAUGUCCUGGAGAUGAACCGCCUGCAAGUAAGCUGAAUAGAGAUGAUAAUGCUCAUCAAAAUGAGGGUGGAAACAGUGAACUUUUUCUGGGAUUGUAUAUAAGUGUACUACUUGGAUUCAUCUUAGGAUUUUGGGGAGUUUGUGGAACUUUGGUGAUUAAAACAAAUUGGAGACAUGCUUUUUUCAAGCUUCUUGAUGAUGUCAAAAACAAGUUUAGUUUUAUGAGAUGA